AUGUACAGUAACGUGCAUCGAAAAUAUGUUCUUGUAAUUGUAGCUAAAUUUCGGGAAAUUGGUACCCGCAAAUUGGAGACUGUGUGUGGUGUUAGUCGACGUAGUGACCAACGGAUUCUAAAUGCCCAUAGUUUUCAUCCGUAUAAAAUUCACCUGGUACAAGAACUUAAUGAUGACGAUUUUGAUCGGCGAUUACAAUUUUGUGAAGAUAUGAAUCAGAGGUUUCCAGAUCGAUGGAUUGGUAGAAGAGGUGCCAUUGAAUGGCCCCCAAGAUCGCCAGACUUAUCAACUUUGGAUUUCUUUAUGUGGGGUCAUGUAAAAAGCAAAAUCUUUGCUACUCAGCCAACAUCAUUAGAAGACCUGCGACAAAGAAUUGUGAAUGAGUGGAUUCAAGUUACUCCUCAAAUAUUGCAAAAUGUGCGGCAACAACAUUUUCGCGCCAUAAUUUAUUACAACUUUCAGAGACAAUCAUCGCAACAAGAAUUCCAAUUCAAACGUGGACGGGUGAGUAUUAGCGGCGAUCCCAGGGUGGGUGCACCAAAAACUGCAGUCACCCAGAAAAACGUCGAUGCUUUGCGCAAAGUCAUCAUUGAAGAUAGACAUGUGACAUAUCGCGAGAUUGAGACGUCCUUGACGAUCUCAAAGACCUCAAUUCAAAAAAAUUUACAUGAAGAAUUAGGACAGCCAGGGGUUAAUUGGUGUCAAAAAACGCUUGACCGUUUCAAUUCCGGAAACUCAAAAAAUGCGUACAGCAUUGUUAGUGGUGAUGAAUCGUGGAUUUACUGUUAUGAACCAGAAAAUAAACGACAGUCGGCUGUUUGGAUGUUCCAAGUCAUUAUAAAAGAGGAACUCAACCGAGAACAUUUUCGCGCCAUAAUUUAUUACAACUUUCAGAGACAAUUAUCGCAACAAGAAUGUCUGGCUGAGUUACUUCUUAGCGACGAUCCCAGGGUGGGUGCACCAAAAACCGCAGUCACCCAGGAAAACAUUGAGGCAUCCUUGAAGAUCACAAAGACCUCAAUUCAAAAAAAAUUACAUGAAGAAUUAGGAGUAAGAAAAUUAGUUUCUCAGCAGAAAGCAGCCAGGGUUAAUUGGUGUCAAAAAACCCCAACAAAAGUCAUCCGUUCUCGAAGUGUUUCGAAAAAGAUGGUCGCGACAUUUGUGUCAAAAGCGGAUCAUAUUGCAAACUUUCCUCUUAAUGAGCAAAGAGCUGUUACUGCGGAUUGGUAUACCACCAUUUGUUUGCCAAAAGUCAUCACCGAGCUUCGAAAAAUCAACCCCGAAAGAAGAAUCAUCCUCCACCAAGACAAAGCAAGCUCGCACACAGUCCAAAAAACAAGGCAGUAUUUAAUGGAAGAAAACGUGGAAUUAUUGGACCAUCCUCCAUAUGGUCCUGAUCUAAGUCCUAAAGAUUUCUUUAAUUUCCCGAAAAUUAAAAAUAGACUGCGUGGUCAAAGGUUCCAGUCACCAGAAGAAGCAGUUGACGUAUUAAAAAAUGCCGUUUUGGAUCUGCCAUCAAAUGAGUGGAAGAAGUGCUUCGAAAAUUGGUUCUACCGCAUGCAGAUAUGUAUUAAUCUUCGUGGAGAAUACUUCGAAAAACAAUAA